ACCAUUCGGGCCGACCCAUUAAAUAAGAAGAAGAAUGUUACGUCAUAAUCGGGGGGUCCGAAUUCUGACAACACAGCCCAUUAAACCGCACUACUGAAAACCAGCAGCAGUUUUUCCAGAAAACACAGUACCCAGAAACAAAAACAGCACCCAAAAAAGCCAAAAACCAGGAAACUUAAAGAGAGAGAAAUUAAUAAAACUUGUAAAAGUGAUGAAUGUUAUCUCCUGUUCUUCCUCUUCAGAUGCAACUCCACAUUAUUACAUUUCAAUCCCAAGAACUUCUAUUCUUAUUCUAAUCUUUCUGUUUAUAAUUGGUUUUAGUGUUUCCCUUUUUAUCCUCAUUGAAGUUAAAAAUGCUCUAUUCUUCCUUGCUUCGCUAUCUCUUUCCGCCAUUGUUGCCGCCUUUAUAAUCUGGAAUGCGGUCUCCUUCCGCCGUAACACCUCGCUUCUGUUUUUCCUGCGCUCCUUUCCUGUCUCCGACCUCCGCCUCGCCCGACAUGGGCAACUUGUCAAGAUUACUGGGCCAGUUUCGUGCGGUGAAGUAUCAUUAGAAUCAUCGUAUGAAAAUGUUGGUGGAUGCGUUUAUACGUCUACUCUUUUGUAUGAAUAUCAAGGAUUUGGAUUCAAGGCUUUCAAUCUUAAACAACCAUGCUUUCUUUGGAGAUUAGCUUUUUCUGAGAGGCUUUCUACAGACUUUUACAUUUCUGACAAAAACUCAGGCAUUCGAAUUUUGGUAAAAGCUGGAUGCGGAUGUAAAAUUGUUCCCCUAAUCGUUGAGAGCAGGCUUGUGUCUACAAGGAAGCACAGAAUUCUAUCCCCCAACUUGACAAAAUGGCUGACACACAGAAAUCUUGCAACCAACUCUCGGGUGAUACGCCUUGAAGAAGGCUAUAUAAAAGAAGGUGACUGUGCCACUAUCAUAGGCAUUCUGCAUAGAGAGGGUGAUGAUAUUGCAAUGGUUGUUCAGCCACCAGAGCUCAUUUCCACAGGCUGUCUGUGGCAAAGACUAUUAUUUCCUGUUAAUUUUGAUGGCUUACUACUCGGCCUCCCCUAAUGUCACCGACCUUGCUGAUACAAGUUAUAUACCGCAUCCUGAUGAAGUACUUAACCCAAAUGUAGUAAAAUUGCAGGGAUUCGGACUUCAUUCUGUAACCAUAGUCCAUAGCGCUGCCAUUGAAGAAGUCAACCGAUGGACAGACUCUUGACUGUCAUAAAACUUGCCAAUGUAGCAUAAUCUAUAGAUAGAAUUAAUGGGGGUUACAUCAAGAUUUGCACCGCCUUUUUUGGAAUGUGAUUAUAUAUGAACUGAAUAGCAUGAACUUAAGCUGAUGUUUACUGCAUCUAUUACUGAUAAACAGAGGGAUUAAGAGUUCUUUUGGAGGAAUACUUGAUUACUUGAAAAUGCAAGUACAGUUCUCCCUUUGAAACUAAUACACCUUUGAAUAAUUUGAUUUUUCGUUUAUACCA